AUGCAAGACAAGCCCGAAGUGCUGACGCCAGAGGAGGAGGCGCAGCGCCGCCGAGAGCGCCGACGCCGCCAGUGCCGCGUGAGCCAGCGGCGCUACAGGGACAAGAAGGGCUCGGCCGAGUACAACCUCAAGCUGGACGUCAACAACCUGCGCGAACACGUGCAGCGACUGCAGGGCAUGCGCGAGCUGCUGGAGACCAAGCUCUGGAGCUCCAAGCUCGCGCAGAACGCGGCCGUGCUCAAGGCCGUGGAGCAGUACUACACCGUCUUCGCGCACGGGCUGCACAACCCCGAGGCGGGCGGCGACCGCGUGCAGAAGUGCUUCGACAUGCAAGUGGCCUUCGUCAAGGCCUUCAUGGACAAGGACGUCGAGUUCGGCGACUCCCGGGGCGUCGCGGGCGUGAUCGACCAGUGGCAUCUGUACACGCAGUUCCACGCCAACCUGUCCGUGCGUCUGCUGUCGUCCGAGGUCUGUGGCACCGAGGUCGCGCCCAUCGUCGUGGCCAAGGGCAUCCUCGCCGUCCGCCUGAACCGCGGCUCUAUCGAAAACAUGUUCCCGCACAUCCUCGCGAACGAGGAGCUGGUGCAGGUGCUGCUGAGCCGCGAGAUCGAGUACCCGACGUCCACCACCUACGUGUUUAACUCACGCUCGCAAGUGGAGCGCCAGGACCUCGACGUCGACUUCAUCGCCGGGAUCAACCAGCGCCUGGGCAGCACCUACGCCACGUCGCGCGUGAUGCAGCGCGCGCUCAUCUCCGACUGCUGCAAGCUUGGCCAGGUCGCGCCGGUCGACUUUGACGACGGCAACACCAGGCUCGGUUUGUCCUACAUCAUGUCGUAG